CUGAAAUUUUGCACAUUUUUGUUUUGCGUUUGUUGUUGCGUAGUUUAAGAAACAUGCCGAAAGUGACUUACAAGCAAAAUUUCCGCGAUUCGUGGUUAAAUUUUGAAGAAUUUAAGCAGUGGCUACGCAAAGCGCCAACCGACUCCACAAAAGCGUACUGCUGCUUUUGUAAGGUAUCGAUUGGGGCCAAGUUAUUUGAGAUACGGCAGCAUGCUCAAGCUAAGAAACAUAUUGCGUGCAUUGCAAGCGUGGCACAAAAUCAUACAAUACAUUUUGGUAGACAGCCCACAAAAACAGAGGAGCAGGAGGUUGCACUUUGUUUAUACAUUGCUGAACACUCGGCCAUAGCACCUAUUGACCAUUUAUCCCAACUGUGUGUCAAACAGUUUAAAGCGUGCGAUGCAACUGUCGACAUAAAGUUGAAGCGGACAAAGUGCACGCACAUAAUAAACGAUGUAUUGGGAGUCCACUUCGAAGACGAUUUGCGGAAGGAUAUAGGAAAGUCAAAAUUUAGCUUGUUGUUGGAUGAGUCCACUGAUAUAAGUGUGACAAAGUUGCUUGGCAUCGUCAUAAUCUAUUACAGUUUAAAUAGCCAAAGUAUGAUUACGACAUUUUUAAGUUUGGUUCCCAUUCAGUCCGGCGAUGCUAAAACAAUUGCAGCAGCUGUAAAAAUGGAACUUAGUAAUUUAAAACUAGAUAUAUUGAGCUUGAUAGGAAUAGGCACUGAUAAUGCCAGCGUAAUGACUGGCGGUAAACAAAGCGUUUACACAGAGUUGAGAAAGAGUGUGCCUUCCUUAAUAUUAAUAAAAUGUGUGUGCCACUCAAUUCAAUUGGCUGUAAGUCAAUCCACGAAGAAAAAUUUUCCAGAUCAAUUGGAAUAUAUAGUUGCCGACACCUACUCUUGGUUUGCGAAAAGCUCUUACAGACAAAUGCUGUAUAAAAAAGUUUAUGAGUGUUUAAAUAAUGGGCAGGUAUAUAUAAUUGUGUUUAGUUUCAUUGUCAAUCGAAGUGUUCGUCCAAAAAUAUGUGUAUAUGCACCCUUAAAAAUUCUCAAGGUCAGCGACACUAGAUGGCUAUCCAUCGAAAGUGCAGUAUCUCGAAUCGAGGAUCAGUGGGAGGAAUUAAAGUUACACUUUGCCUUAGCCUCUACAAAUGAAAGUUGUCACAAAGCAAAAAUAUUGAAUAUGCUAUUUGAAGAUGACAAAAAUAGGCUUUAUUUUAUAUUUUUAAAGCCAGUUUUAAAAAAUAUGCAAAUUCUGAACAAAUUGUUUCAAAGCGAGCAAGGCGAUUCGUCGAAACUUCUUAAUGAAAUUAUAUUGGCAAUCAAUGCGCUAGGAAACCUCAUAAUUCCUCCCGAUGCUAAUAUUGAUAUUUUUAAAGAUGAUUUGGAAGAUUGUGCAGUUAACGACUUAUAUAUGGGGUAUGCCUUUGAGAAGGAAAUCAAAGACGAAAAAUAUUUUGAUGAAAAAUAUAAAAUCAGAGAAGAUUGUAAAAACUUCAUCAAGGCUUUAAUUAUUCAACUAAGGGAGAGACUUCCUGAUAACAUUGAAGUACUAAAACAAAUGGAUAUUUUCGCCGUUGGCAAUAUGCUACAAGCAAAUAAAACGCCAGAUAAAAUUAUUUCGUUGUUGGAACAUCAAUAUGAAAAUAUUGAUGAAAUAGUAUCCCAAUUUGGAAAAAAUCCACCUUAUUAAUUGGGAAAAAAAGGAAAUAACUAUAGAGUUUUGGUCAGAAGUUUUGAUGUAUAAGGAUGCUGGCCAAAACAAAGCUUUCGAGCAACUGGCGUUAUUUGCUUUGCACAUUCUUUCACUGCCAUGGUCGAAUGCUGCGGUUGA